AGGCAGUGAGUGCUUGGAAGGUCCCCUUCCCGGACACGCCAUGGCUGCACGGACUGUCCCCCAUGCCUACCCCAUGAGUUCGGAGUACGAGUUUGCCAACCCUAGCAAGAUCUACGACCAGAACUUUGGAGAAGGUGUGUCCCCAUGUGAGAUUUUAGCCCCUGCCCUGUACCAUGGCUACUACAUCAGGCCUCGGAUCAAUAAGCAGCUGGAUCGAGGCACCUCUGAGAUCAGCCUCAAUGAGCACAAAUUCCAGGUGUUCCUGGAUGUCUGUCACUUCCUGCCGGAUGAGCUCACCGUCCGCACCGUAGACAACCUGCUGGAGGUGAUGGGGCAGCACCCACAGAAGGCUGACCGCCAUGGCUUCAUCUCCCGAGAGUUCACCAGGACCUACAUCCUCCCUCUGGAUGUCGACCCAUUGCUGGUGAGAGCCACAUUGUCCCACGAUGGCAUCUUAAGCAUUGUGGCUCCCCGGACGGGGAAGGAGGUGAAGGCCAGAGUAAACGAGGUGAAGAUAACCCAACAGGAGCAGCCAGUGGGAAAAGAAGAACAGUCUGAGGAAGGAAAAGGGAAGGAAGAGUCCUAAAGGCCCCAGAUCUGGGCUUGCACAGGGAAGGUGGGGGGAACAGGGGUGGGGAAUCCACGGUGCCAGACCCC